AUGCAGGCCCUUCCCCGCCCCGUGGAGCUCAGUGCUUACGCUGAGUCUCAAGACGACUCUUCUGUCGUGCGCGCCAAUCUGAUGCCAUUCUCGAUUGACUACGAUGGUCCCGCACCCGUUUCCCGCUACAUGGUCGUACGUUCAGCCUCAGACACCGAGUCACCUUCUGAGUUGGAGCACUCUAAGCUCUCAGCGGCUUUGGUGUCGGCGUUUAGAGGAAGAACGAUCCACGGCACGCCCAUAACUGUGCCUGCUGGAUACAAAGCGCAUGUGGUAGAAGUCCCCACCGAGGUAGAGCUCCUUGCAGCUCAGGCGACCAGCUUCGGCGCCAGCACGCCAAAGGCCACGAGCUCGUCUCAACACGAAUCAAAGCGUCGACGCACGGAAGCGCACCAGCAAGAAACUCCGUUCGCAGAGUCCGCUCUCCGACGCUCUCCGAGAAAGAUGGCGGCAACGAGCAGCACGAGCACAGCUGCAAGAGCCAAAUUCACCACAAUGAAGAGCUUUUCAAUGGACGACUCUGAUGACGACGAGGCACAGGAGGAUGAAGAAAAGGAUCUCACUUGGGAUGCGGCCAUACAAGACGACGCCGCGAAUCACGAGCCAGUACUAGACUUGGAGGGAUCCCUUGAUGCCGCUACAUUGGCCAGCACCGGCAAUGGCCUCGCCACGGAGCCCGGCAACGAGCAGCAAAUUGCCAAGCAGCUGCAGAUCGGUGCGAGCUGCGGAGAACACAUCGUCAUCUGGUCCCCCGACGGGCCCGUCGACGAGGGCGAUGACGCGUACAUCCGCACGCUGCGAGAAUACCUUGGCGUCAUCGCACCCGCACUACAUACCUCGUGA